CUCCUUCCUCCCGCUUCAAGGGUCGCUCGAAGGCCUCGCGUCAUCGAGCUCAACAGAUCCCAUCGAGAAAGGCGUGAAAUCGAUGACUUGAAUGUGAAGCAAUCAAUCAAUGAGGCGGCUGACGGCGUGCUCUCUGUCCCUGGUGAGAGGUCCCGGGUCUGUGCGUGCGUGUCGGCUCAUUCACGUGACGGCCGUGCGGCUCAAGCGGCGCGAUGAAAUGGACUUCGGCGGCGAUGUGUAUGGGUCAAACCGCAAGGCUCGCCAGGGCCAGUUCGACGAGAAGAGGGUCGGUAGGCACGCCAGGCGCACAGACACUCGAGCGACAGGCAUUGUUGGCGAUUUCUGCUUGGUUGUUCUUGUGUGUGUCGGUUCGAAUGCGCGUCUGUAGGAGAGGGUGGGUGUCGAUAAGCUUGCCCAGGGGGUGGACGAUCCCGAGUGGGAUGUGGGCAAGAUGAUGGACAACGUAAGGAGCCCUGCACACUGAGAGUGCACCGAUCCAUCCCUUUCGGCCUGCCUUUGUCUGUGUGGGUGUGCAGGAGGACCCCACGAAGGCUCUGCCUCGCCCCGGUGACACGAUGUCCGAGCGGUCGCUGGUGCAGGACUCCCUCGAGGAGGCUAAGCCCCUCCCGCCCAGCCAACAGCUGGAGCCCCCGAGCAGCAUGCCGCGGCCGCGGCCAAUCAAGCGGCGUGCUCGCAUGGUGAUCCUGGGCACCGGAUGGGCCGCCAUGAACUUCGUCAAAGACCUCGACAAGGAGCUCUAUGACGUCACUGUGGUGAGUGACAAAAAGAGUCAGCCAGGAAGGGGAAGGAUUUGGGCCGGGAGGGAGGGCGGGUGUGGCCGAGGGGCAAGUGUCGUGCGUGUGUGUGUGGUAGGUCUCUCCACGGAAUUACUUCACGUUCACGCCCUUGCUGCCGUCGGUGUGCAGCGGCACACUCACCCCAUUCAGGUGUGUCAAAAGAGGAAACUUUCUGUCGUCGUGUGUGCAUCAGUGAGUGGUCAUGGGGUGUGUGUGUGCGCAGCUGCAUCGAGCCCUUCCGCCACUUCUGCCGGAACCCCAAGACGGGCAAAGUGGACGUCACAUUCUAUGAGGCAUACGCAGAAGGUAUUUGUUACUCACCCAGACAGACAGACACACACACACACACACACAAAUGUUCCCUCCUCUGUGUCUGCAGACAUCUCCUUCGUGCAGCAGCGGGUGACGUGCAAGUCAGCGGCUCAGCAGGUGAAGGCCCGCUCGAAGCCCAAGCCGUCCGCCCACCCCUUGCCGUUCCCAUCCGAGUACAUCCCUCUGGAGGAGUACGACACGCUGUUCCACAUCCCCUACGACUACCUGGUGGUUGCCGUGGGGGCGCAGAACAACACCUACAACAUCCCUGGGGUGGAGGAGUACUCCUACUUCCUCAAGGAGAUCGAACACGCACGCGACAUCAGGAAACGCAUCAUGAACAACUUUGAAAAGGCAUACCUACCGGGUAGGUCAGUAGCUGGCUGCGGGAUGACUGCUCUCUCUCUCUCUCUCUCUACUCUGCCCACCUGUCUGUGUGGUGCAGGCGUGAGCUACGAGGAGAAAGAGCGGCUUCUUCACUUUGUCGUCGUGGUGGGUGGUGCCGGCAGACACAGAGUGCAGCCAAGGCCAUUGAAAUACACGUGUGUGUGUGUGUGUGUGUGGUUGACCGACAGGGUGGCGGCCCCACAGGCGUCGAGGCGGCCGCCGAGUUCAUGGACUUCAUCAGGGACGACAUGAGCAAGUACUUCCCGGAGGAGGUGAGACGAUCGACGCGACACAAACGGCCGUGGCUGACAUGUUCUCCUCCAUUUGGUGUUGUCCAGCUGAUGUUGAUGGCCAAAGUCACGCUCAUCGAGAUGGUAGGCGAGAGAAAAGAUGGAGAGACACAAAGACAUACGGCUGGACACGAAGAGUGCAUUCAUCGGUUUUGUUGGUGCAUUGCAGAGUCCGCGAUUGCUGCCCAUGUUCUCCGGGGUAAUCCAUAUUCAGUGACCUGCAAGGGACCAACACGUCUGUCUGCUCUCUUUGUCACGUUCCUUGCCAUCAGGCCGUGAGCAAGCACACCAGGAAGGUCUUCAAGAAACUGGUGAGCGCUUGUCGCCGAGCCGAUCCGCCCACCACAGAAACCUACCACUAGCGUGCUUCGGCCGUGCGUGUGUGUGUGUGUGUUGGUUAAUGUAUGUUGAUAUCAGGGCAUCAGUGUGAUGAGCGAGUAUGCGGUCAGCGAGAUCAAGGAGAAGACCAUGACCGUCAAGAACCUCCGGACGCCGCGGCCAUACGACGAGGACGAAGCCAUCGGCAAGGACAGACCAGCUCAGGGGGAAACGGUGAGCAGGGGGUGCGUGGCAAGCUCAAGCUCACGUGAGCACGUCCCCCGCUGACCUGUGUUGUGUUGCUGCAGAAAGAGAUGCCCUACGGCUUCGUUCUCUGGGCAGCAGGUGAUUAUUGACGCUCACCUCACACACACACACACACACACACACAGCCAACGAGAGGACGCAUCUCAUCGGAUUGAUGCAUGGAUGGACGAGUGUGUGCAGGUGUGGGUCAGGUGGAGCUGUCGCAGAAGGUGCUUCAGAAGCUGCGCGAGCAGAAGGGCAGGUCGAGAAUGGCCGUCGACGGACAGUAAGGAGAGACGCACACAGACACGUAGACACACAUACAUGCCGCGCCGACGCAUAUAUCCCAGCCAUGUGCUUUGUGCCUGCCUGCAUCAGGUUGCGUCUUCUCGGCACCGAGAAUGUGUAUUGCCUGGGCGACUGCGCCGAGAUCGUCCCCAAAUCGAUCGCCGAGGCCGCCCCUGACCUCUGGAAAUGCAUGGCGUACAGACAGACAGACAGACAGACGCAACACAGACAAACAAACACACAAACAUGCAGAUGGGAUGGAUGCUCUCCUGACUUGCCUGUUGGUGUGCGUGUGUGUGCCUCAGGCCGCAUCACGGUUUCUUCCUGCCGUGGGACGAUCGUCACAAGAUCGUCACACAGAAGACGCAGACCUUCGCCAUGGCCGUCCAGUGGCUGAUCUCCAACCAGGCCCAGCUCGCAGCCGACUUCCCACAGGUGAGAAACGGCCGACAGACAGGACGAUUAGUCGCCUGUGUCUGUCUGUGUGUGUGAGCACGUGUGUGUGAUGUAGAUGUCUCCGACCAAGUAUGACUUCCGGGAGGCCAUCGAGAGGAAAUGGGACAAGAAACAAUUCGACUACCAACAACUCAAAAAUUUCCUGGGUGAACAGCCAGCCAGCCAGCCAGCCAGCCAGGCCACCCACGCCCACAACCACGCACUGAUGCCAGUGCAUUUUGUGUGUGCCAGCUUCGAUUGACGAGAACUACCGGUCGCCAGCACCGACGGCCCAGAAUGCGGCUCAGCAGGGGACGUACCUGGCCGACACCUUCACCAAAUUCAGGACCAAGUCAGUCAGGAGCUGACGAACAACCACCCAAUCGGUGUGGGCACUGACGUGGUUGUUGGCGUGUGUUGGUUGGCAGGGCGUCUAAGUUCGAGGCGCCCGUGUUCAUUGAGAAGUGGAAGGGCACUCUGGCGUACGUCGGCGACUCGCAGGUGGGGAAGAAUCACACACGAUGCGCUCGUUCGACUCCACAGACAUGACAUCUGUCUCCACACAGGCCGUCGCUGAUUUGCCGCCCGACCUGAGUGCGCUGACGUACCUGAUGCCUGGCGGCACCAUCCUCAAAGUCGAGAACGACGUGCAGCCGCCGCCAAACCCCAGCAACAGCAACGACACGGAAAAAAUCGAAGAAAACAAGACGGAAAACGCUGUACAGGUCAGAGGACACGAACACACCUGAAGGGGCGUGGAUCAGUCCUGUGUAUGCACCUCCCUCUAUCUCUCCCUCUCUGCGUGCGUGUGUGUGUGUGUGUGUGUGUAGGAUGCUUCGGCUGGCGAGGAGGAGGAUGACCUGCGGGUGAUGCCGUCGGGCGCCAAGAAGGACGACAAGUUCAUCUGCAUACUCGGGGGCAACUUCAGGUAUGCUCUACUUCACUGCCAACGCGCAUUCCCGGAACGUCCUGCCCGAAUGGCCCUCUCUCUGUGUGUCCACAGUUCGCUGUUCUGGCGUGCGGUGUAUUUGCAAGAGCAGAUGACCUGGCGGAACCGCAUCAUCACCACGUUCGACUGGUACGUCGACACGGCCAGCCACACAUGUGUCACUCACUCACUGCCUCCGUGGUCGGGCGGUGCCCACAGGCUGAAGAGUCAUUACCUUGGCCGUGACGUUGGGAGGGACCACAUCCACUACAGCUAGCUAGGGACGGAUGGCGGGCCGGCAGUGUGAGUGUCUUGGUCUGAAGGUGUGGUGUGAGGGACUGAGGUGCCACCACCUCAGGAAGGCAAUUCUCAUUUGUGACAGUUUUGCUAGUAGUGAGUGGAAGUCCGAUGAGUAUGAGGGGGCUGGCCCGGUGUGUGUCGGGGGGACAUACAUAUUGCAGUCAUUGAUGGAUGGAUUGACUGACGUGCUCAUGCACUCAAUAGGUCACGUCCAACGAGCAUGC